CUGCGACGGAGGCGGAUUCGUAGGCCUCGUGGACGCACACUUCGGCUGGUGAAACCCCGCGCCGGCGUCGCCCCUGCACCCACCGCCACCUCCCCGCCGGUGUUCUCCACCUGACAGUGAAGAGCACCUCAAUCACAUCUAAGAGAGCACACAGGAAUAUGAUCUGAACAAAUGAGAUGGGCAGAUCAAAAUUUGUCCAUCGGCUUGAGUUUUACACCAACCUUCCAUCCGUUACUUCAAGAACUAUACUGAAGAAGGCCUACAAAGCUAGAAUGGCAAAGCUUGACAAAGACAAUGCUGCAGAUGAUGACAUCCAGGUAAUCAGCAAUCCAAAUGAUGCCAGCAAAAAGGAAGAAAGCCCUCCAAAUGAUGCCAGCAUAAAGGAAAUCAGCCCUCCAAGACCAAUUGGCAGUCAAAAGCGGAAACGCGGGCGUCCAAGGAAGAUUGAAACUCUUAAACCUACUAAUCCUGUAAAGGAUCAAUAUAAAUUAACCACAGAUGCUGUCACUGGGCUUGUGGAGGGAAGAGCACGCAGGAAAUCAAAUCCUGGGCCCCAACAGGUGAGCCCAUACAAGGAACUAUGAAACUCACAGGGAGUGGCUGUCAAGGGUAGUUUCAGAUGAGCUGCUCUUAUAGCAUGUGACAAUUUAGACACAGUCAUGUUCUUCAAUCUAUGCCUAUACUUAAGUUCUGCCAUUUUGUCAUAUUGCAGGUAAACUUUGUAAUUUUAAGUUCGAACCGAUCUGGAGAGUUGUUACAUUUUAAUGUAAGCCAUUUGUUUGGCUUGACUAUUCUACAUGACUACUCAAUGCUGCAGUGUU